AUGUAUGACGGUAUGCAUAGGAAUAAACAUAUGUAUAAAUGCUGAAUAUAAACUUCUCCUGUCUGUAAAUAGUACAGGAUAUUAUUCAUAAUCAUCUGGGUUAUUUAUAAAAUUAUUUGAAUUGUUACUCUUUUUCCAAAUAAAAAAACGAAAAGAUACUACCUCCUCUGAUAGACGACAAAUUUUCAAGGCAGUUUAAUUUCACAUCUAGGAGAAUUUUUCUACAAUGUGCUUUUUUACAUUAUUAUCGUGUUUGUUGUUGCAGUGUAUAUGUCGUAAUACAGCUGGACGACUAAUGAAACGUAAAAAGAAUCCAUCAGAUCGCAGUGUUGGACGGGCGAUAGUGGAUCAAAUGGCACUGUUUCGACGUGCUCCUGGUCCAUCUUUUGUUCCACGAAGUUAAGAAUAUAUACUGAACAGGUAGUCACAAUAAAUAAAAAUGAAAUCUAAGGAGAACUUCUGAAUUAAAUAUAUCCUGGUUCCAUUCGCCUCAGUAUUCCAAUAAAUACCUUUGUGACUACACUCUGUAUCUUGAAUAAACUUUAGGGACCUGCAUUUAUGAUGCUUAUUCGUCUUUUUUUAUGUUUCCUUUCAUUUCGGUGUUACAACGAUGUGUGUUUGUCUGUUCUAUGUACACAAAAUUUUUUUUUAGUUCAUUUUCCUAUUUCUGUACAUUACAAUAUUGUGUGAAAUCCUCUUUAAAUCCUACAAUUUUCGCAAAUCUUCUAUACUACUAUUAAAAUAUUCAGUAGUUAGCUCUUAUUUUUAUUUUGUAUUUUCUGGGUUUUUUCACCCACUGUAAUUUCACGUUCUACUAUUUCUACAAACCAUUACGAUUGUGUAUACUCAUAUGAAAAUGCAUAUUAAUGCGUUUAGAUAUGUAUAAUUCUGUAUUUUUUAACGGUGUGGAGAAACCAGUGCAUUUUCUGAAGUAUUAAAUUGUUUGCCUAUUUGGAUAUGUAUUUUGCCGUAACUUUAAUGUUUAUUCACACGAUAGUCAGUUAAACAUUGUCGAUUACCGAAGUAUUCGACCUUGAUACAGAUUAUUUGGUGUGAAGUUUUACUAUGGAAGUCUAUAACACAACUUAUUUGAUGUUUAUAUCGAAACAGUACCUUAUUUAUUUGAAUACACUUUGUAAUUUUCAAGUUUUAUAAAUUUUUUAUGAAUAA